AUGGGGAACGAUAGCGAUGCAAACAAGGAGAAGGAAAAAGAUUCAAAAGGCAAAAGGAAGGUAACUAUUGCCACGAAAGACUCCUAUACUAGAGUGACUACAAUCUCUAAUACGACUGAUAAACCAAACACUCAAACUAAACCAACUAUGGAAGACAUCCCCCAAAGCCCUAUACAAAAUCCUCAAGUACAUAACAUUCACACUACUGUGGAUAAUAAAAUUGUGGAUGGGAAAUAUGUGAGGACAGAAACACAAGUCGAAGAAGCUCGCAAAGAAGACAUGAAACAGCAUGUGGAAGCGAUAAAACAAUAG